GCCAGGAGAAGCACGAAGACUCUACCUCCACCUGGUGAUACGAGAGAGGUAUAGCAGCUACAACAACAACAACAACAAUAACAACUACUACUACCACUACAUCAAAAACAACUACAAUACCAGCGAUAGCAACAACAACAACAACAAUAACAACUACUACAACAAUAACAACUACAGCACCAGCGUCUACAGUACAUCAAAAACAAUAAUUCCAACCAUUAAAACUGUAAUAACAACAGCAACGAAAAAAGCACAAUGUCGGCGUCUACUUCAGCAACAGCCAACCCACGUGUGGAUAAGCUUAAUUACGUGUCUACGAGUAGAUGUAUGGAUGAUAGUGAAUUUAUGGAUGCAAUUGGAUGUUUAAAUAAGGAUGGAUGUGUGGAUGAGGUUGGGUACUUGGAUAAGAGGGAGUCCAGUGGAUAUACCAAUGACAAAGUGGAAGGGAAUGGAUUAAGUGGACAAGUGGAGGAUAACGGACAUGUGGAAGUGGACAGAGCAAGUAGCCAAGUGGAAGUGGACAGAGCAAGUGGCCAAAUGGAAGUGGACAGAGCAAGUGGCCAAGUGGAAGUGGACAGAGCAAGUAGCCAAGUGGAAGUGGACAGAGCAAGUAGCCAAGUGGAAGUGGACAGAGCAAGUGGCCAAGUGGAAGUGGACAGAGCAAGUGGCCAAGUGGAAGUGGACAGAGCAAGUAGCCAAGUGGAAGUGGACAGAGCAAGUGGCCAAGUGGAAGGAUGAUC